GAGAGAGAGGAGAGAGAGAGCAAACAAGAGAGAGAGGAGAGCGAGAUGAGGAAGACGAGCGAUAAUGCAACGAGAGACGAGCAGAGAGAGAGCGAGAGGUAGAGAGCGAGGCGAGAGCGACGAGAGAGCAGAGAGGAAAGACAGAAGAGAAAGAGGGAGCACGAGAGAAAGAGAGAGGAGGAGAGAGAGAGGGAGAGAGAGAGCGAGAGAGAGAGAGAGAGCGGAGAGAGAGUAGAGCGAGAGCACACAGAGCGAGAGCGAGAGAGAGCGAGAGAGAGGAAGAGAGAAAGAGAGAGAGAGAGAGAGAGAGGAGAGCGGAGAGAGAGAGCGAGAGACGCGAGGAGAGAGAGAGAGAGGCGAGAGAGAGAGAGAAAAGAGAGACAGAGAGAGAAAGAGAGACGAAGAGAGGAGAAAGAGAGAGAGAAGGAGAGAGUGCGAGAGAGAGCGCAAGAGAGGGAGAAAGAGAGAGAAAAAGAGCGGAAGGAGAAGAGACAGAAGGAGAAACGAGUAGACGAACGAAAGAAAGAACGAGAGAGACAGCGAGCAAGAGAGAGAGAAAGAGAGCGAGAAAGAGACGAGAGAAAGCAGGAGAAGCAAGAGGAGGAGAAAGAGAGAGAAAGAUGGAGGGUAGUAAAGAGUAGAGAAAAGAGAGAAGAAGAGAAAGAGCGAAAGCGGAGAGAAGAGG